AUGUCUGUCCACAAAAAUGGUUUAGACUUUCCUUCAAAACAUUACCCUCAAAAUGGAAUAUCGGAUGAAAUUGUAAGCAAUAAUGGAAUGACGAAAUCUGAAACUGAGAAAUCAAGUUUUCAACGCAAUGAUAACACACAUCAUGCAAACUUCGUCACUUCACCCUCAGCCCCAUUCCAGAUGAAGGAUGCUUCCACUAAAGUGAAUUUUGACGAUCCAACGUAUCAAUCCGGUGCCUUUUUUCCUCAUUUUCGCUAUCGUUCGAUCCGAGAAAAAGAGAGUGAAAUGAAUAUCAAGGUUCUAAAGCAUUCAUCAGACGAAACUUUACAUAGUAAUCCCAAUUGGUCCCCAAACUGCGCAAGUGGGGAAGAGAGCCGUGAUGCCCUCUUUGUUUCCGUAAAGGUCUGUCGUGAUCGGUUCCCGUUUUCAAAAAGGUUUCAUUGCGAAGAAAAGAACAUCAACAGGAGAGGAAUCCGUGAAGGAUCUUUAGGAUUAUCAGCCUCGAAGUUCUACACUUCAAGCCAGGACAGAGCACAGACAGGUGUUGACGGCAAGACAGGCCAAGCGACACCCACUCCGAGAUCGGCCCUGCACACUCCUGAAGCUUCUGCGGGCAAUUCACCUAGCCUUUUCACCUCCAAAAGACAGCCGCUGCCUCGAGAGGAUUCGAAGCCUUCACCAGAAAGUAUCCCAGAAGAGACCUUGCAUGGAAAGCAUCCCGUGUGUGAGGGUUUUGCUUCUGGUCAGGUUCUCCUUGAAAGCCAAAAAGAUCUCCAACACGCACGCGAUGGUGACCAAAGCGAAAUCGAUCCAACUGUACCAUAUACUACAUCCCUCGUUCAAGAAACUUUGCAUAAUCGUCGAAAACACUCUGAUUGCCGUUUCAGACGACAAGGUUUUGAGCUCUCCCAAGAAAAAGUGAUUACCUCAGGAACUUUCUCCUCUUGUAUACCCCAGGUCGCCAUAUGCUUGCAUUCAUCAUCCACAAAGGAAUUUAUGGACCCUGCUCCUUCGCAGUUUUUGGCUCGGGAGCCCCAAUAUUUUGAGGAUAUCUCCAUCAUCCAUGGCGACCCUCAAUUAGCUGAUAAUGACGAUAGUCUCAUCCGUGAUAGGGCGUCUGGAACGAGAACGAGUAUUCAAAAAAAGUCAUCUUCAAGGAGUCAUGCAAGGCUUUACAACAAUGCUGACGAGCUGAACGUGUCCCGCAUUCCUCAUAACAGUGGUUUUAUGGACGAAAGUAUUCAAAGUGCACACGAUUCCUCAUCCUUGAGUCUACUCGCCGAUUGUCUUUGCCGAAAAGCUCGAUGGCUUGAAGAGGAAAAUCAGGCUCUACGGCGAUGGUUGCACCACGGUUUGCAUGACUACGGUGAAACCGCGACUUCCUUCCCCACAAAACCCGAUCAUCUUCGCCGUACAAACUCCUCACAAAGCCCAUUUAGUAUACAAUCUACAUCUCAUCUGGAAAGUCCGAAAGCUAUGCCACACAAGAGGAACCACUUUGUCGAUAUUACACCAAACCCCACCUCCAAAAAUCAACAUGGCAAUUGUGAGGAUGGCGUUGCUUUCUGUCAAUCUUCGGCCCGACAAGAAGAAAGAACCACAGCCUGCAAGGCGACCGCAUCAUCCGCCUCGAAAAUGCCUCAUAGCGCGCAAGAAGAGAGGGAAUCGACUCGAUUUAUGAGAAAAUCCUCCCCUUUCCAAACCUCCUCAACGCGUAGGAUGCCUUCAACCUCAACCAAUGUGCACCCUCAACGUGGCAUACCUGAGGGAAAAAGGAAUGCCGCUUUAGAUUUUCCAAUCUUUAGUGCAAGUCAUAGCUCGGGGUACAUGUCAUGGGAAGAGACUAAAAAAAGUGUCCCCACAUCUGAUAUCUUUCAUACUGCACGCGACCCUUAUAAAAGGCAAACUUCUCCUUCCGAGGUCAUCUGGAGACCUGAUUUAGAACGCCAAGGAUCCUUUAUUCGAGGUGCAGGUGCUCCUAAAGGACGCGAUGAUGGCGGUAUUAAGUAUAACGGUUUUACAAAAGAUAAAGCGGGUCUUGACGACAAGGAUUAUACUACGCCAAUUCGACCCCAUUCCUUACCUAGCAGUGCCCGAAAUGGCCCUCAGGCCCACAAUAAAGAUGCACCCGAGGAUCUUUUUCGCUUUGAUGCCUAUCGAAACUACCUAGAGGCCACUCAUCGGUAUCUUUGGGGGCUACAUCACGAAAUCUUGUCGACCAGCAAGAAACUUCAACAUAUACACAUUUCCACACCGCGGCGACGACAUGAAUCCUCCUCUAGUAAAAACACGGACUUCACGAGAGGUAUAAAUUAUCAGGGCUUUCAUGAAUCCUCCGCGUCAGCCCCAAAGCCGGAGGUUUCCGGGAACCGAGCUGAGGGAGUUUCCAAACCUGUAUUCAACCACACCAUGCAGAAUACACCGAUUAGUCCCCAGGCUUCAUUUCACGAUUUUCCUUCCUUUACAGCCCGAAGCCCGAAAAGUCGCACGGGUGGGAUGGGUUCGCGUGAUGGCCACUCCGUUUGUGAAGAAGAAGUUUCCCCCUCUGUGGUCCCUAAUAUCCAAAAUUGCGGUUUUUCCGGGCUUGCGAUGGCCACAUCUAUAGCCAGCCGAAGAAAAAACCUCGCCCCGAGAUCAUCCACGCCGCCUGAAUGGGGAUUAGGUCGGAAAGCCCAUGAAGGGAAGUGGAGGCCGCACACCGAUGUUUUUCGUGAAUUUCACGCGUCUCCUGGACAAGGUCCAACUACAACUCCGAUGGUUUGGCAUGUCGACAGCAAUGAGCCAGGGACGUUUGGAAAUAAACGGGGAAGUGCUUUUCAGAAAGACUUUGCUCAUUCAUCGGGUAGAGAGGAUAAACACGUGGGGGCCACCAUGUCAUCCGGGGAAUAUCAUUCUUUCUCUGAGGGAAGUAGACCAGUAAAUUCUCGGCGACUAGGGACUACAGUGCCGGGUCCAACUAUUUAUUCCCCACAAAGUUUAUGGACCGAAUUAACAAGUGAACACACAAGGGGGAUUCGAAACGCUUCUGAAAAUGAUUACAGGAAUACAAUAAUACCGUUAGUGGGUCGGAAUAAAGGAGAAUCAAAUCCCAGAGGCCAAUUUCAUGUAUCACCUCGCGUAUGCAGUCGAAAACCUUAUUCUUUCAAAUCCUGCAUCGACUCCGAUUCUGAUCCAUAUCCAUUUUCAAUCUCCAUUGAGACGGCACGAAGGAGUGCAGGGAAAGGAAACGAAAAUAAGAAAUGUCGUUUCAGUUUGCCUACAAACCUUCUUAAUUAG